ACCCUUCCCCUCCGCACCCUAUUUUCCCACGGCCAAGCUUGUUCUGUUUUCUGGUGUCGAAGACUGAAUUCGUAUCUUUGCAUCAACUUUGCAUAUAGACUUACAGUUUCUUCACGAAAUCCAUCAUGUCUUUGCUCCCAGCACGUCAAGUCACUUUUGGUCGUUCAACCCACGUCUCCCAGACGACUCAGCAGCAGUACCAGUCGCAGUCUCAGCCGUACAUAGCACAACCACAACAGCAGCAGCCACAGGCCCAACAGACGAAUGGCCUCGCGCUGCCUUUCGGGUCAAACCCGUAUCUUCCAGGGCCGUCGAGCCUUGCGCUUCCGGGACCUGUCCCAACCGCACCAUCUUACCCCCAACAUCCGCAGGCGCAACAACAGCAGCAGCAGCAACAACAGCAAUUGUCACAGUCGCAAACACUAGUUGCUAGCUCUCAGUUCUCCGCUGGUCCUUCUACACCCGCACCCACUGUUGUUCCAUCAACGCCUGCUCCUCUUACUCUCGAGCAGCAGCAUAUCACUGCAGUAGAGGGUAUCGUCCCUACUCUGCAGAACAUCGUUGCGACUGUAAACCUGGACUGUCGACUGGAUUUGAAGACGAUUGCGCUGCAUGCCCGCAAUGCAGAGUAUAAUCCUAAGCGUUUCGCCGCGGUUAUCAUGCGUAUCCGUGACCCCAAGACGACCGCACUCAUCUUCGCUUCGGGCAAGAUGGUCGUCACCGGUGCAAAGUCCGAAGACGACUCGAGGCUGGCGUCGCGCAAGUAUGCGCGUAUCGUUCAGAAGCUCGGCUUCGAUGCAAAAUUCUCCGAGUUCAAGAUCCAGAACAUCGUGGGCAGCUGUGAUGUGAAAUUCCCCAUUCGUCUUGAGGGUCUUGCGUACAGCCACGGACAGUUCAGCAGCUACGAGCCCGAGCUGUUCCCCGGUCUCAUCUACCGUAUGCUUAAGCCCAAAGUUGUGCUUCUGAUCUUCGUGUCUGGCAAGAUCGUGCUGACGGGCGCAAAGGUUCGAGAAGAGAUUUACACGGCGUUCAAUACGAUAUACACCGUGCUUUGCGAAUUCCGCAAGCCAUGAGCGCCUCACCCUCCGUCAUCUUCGCACCCGUCGUCGACCCCUACUCUCCUUCCUCAUCAUUACUGGUGUCGGCGGCUUGGAAGCGAGUGGUCGCGGUUGAUCGUUUGGUCGUCGAUUGGUGUUAUAGAAAAUGUGAAGAAGGGCGCUUGAUAUCCGGAGAGGAACAUAUGUAGCGCACGGCUUUCUUUCCAGGUUCCCCCCUUCCUACUUCACCCUACCCUUUGCCCCUACCCACUAGCCCAAAACCUACCACGAACUCUUUCUUCUAUCACACUCUUCCCGAGGUCGAGUCUCGGGUUCGUUACAUGUGUCAUUCUUUAUCUUCAAUAGGUCUUGGGGUUGCAAGUCUUUGGACUUGCCGUGUUGGGUUUGGGGUGAAAUCAGAUUCAUGAUAGUCAUCCUUCUUUUUUCUCUCUUGUCGUUUACGGGUUCGGCACUACGAUAAAAUCAUCUUACUUCUGUACCUUCACCUUGUCAUUAUUGUUGCUGCGUAGUUGUACAAAUAGAUUGGUGUUUCACCUAUUG